AAAAAAAAAAAAGAAUAAUAGAGUGAAGACAAAAAAAAAACGAAUGUAUUGGUGACCUUAUUCAAUGAGUGUAAGAAUUGGAGAGCUAAUCGAAUUCUUUGGUAUAGAAAAGUUACUUUUAGUAGGAAUGUAUUUUUGAUUAUGCUUUAAAAUAAUCCUGAUAUAAUUUUCAUUGGCAAGCAAUAGUGUAUACACUUUUUUUUUCAACUUCCGCAGUUGUUCAUUUAUUUUUGCCAUUCUCUUAUUUUUAUUUUUAUUUUUUUUUUCCUUCAUCCUUUCAAGUCAUAAACCAAAAUGUCUGAACGUAAGGUCUUAAAUAAAUACUUUCCCCCCAACUUUGAUCCUUCACAGAUUCCAAGACAAAAAAAGCCAAAGGAUCAGCAGCAUAAGGUUCGUCUUAUGUCGCCCUUUUCCAUGCGCUGUGAAAGUUGUGGUGAAUAUAUUUAUAAAGGGAAAAAGUUUAAUGCAAGAAAAGAAACUGUGGAAGGAGAAACAUAUUUAGGUAUCAAGAUUUAUAGAUUUUAUAUUAGAUGUCCACGAUGUUCAGCAGAAAUUACUUUCAAGACAGAUCCAAAGAAUACAGACUAUGUUGCUGAAAAUGGCGCUAGUCGAAAUUUUGAACCAUGGAGAGAAGAAGAUGAAAAGAAAUCAGGAUCAGAAGAAGAACCUGAUGAUCCAAUGAAAUCAUUAGAAGAUCGUACAUUGGAUUCGAAACGAGAGAUGGAUAUUAUGGAUGCACUCGAUGAAAUUCGUACUCGUAAUGCAAGAUCGGAACGUGUAAAUAUUGAUGAAAUCCUGAAUCGUUUUUCAGCCGAAGAUAAACAAGAAAUUAAUGAUCGUAUUAGAGUAGAGGAAGAAGAGGAUGAACGACAAGCAAAAGCUAUUUUUGAAAGUGCAGAUGGACAGCAGGUUCGUAAGUUAAAUGAAAAAGAACCUGAUGCUAUUGAACUAGUCAAUAAAACAAUGCCAACUGUUGAUCUCCCCUCAUUUAAACCUGUCAAUAUAAUCAAGAAGCGAAAACAGACUGCGAGUCCAGUUAUAGUGGUGAAAAGAAAAAAGGAAGAAGAUAAUGAUGAAAAGUCAAAGACAAAAUCAAAUAGUAGUAGUGCUGGUGCUUUAUCAUUACUAGCAAGUUAUGAUGAUAGUGAUUCCUCCUCAGAUUAGAACUUAAUAAUAAUAAUAAUAAUAAAAAUUGCAAACAUGUAAAAAUGUAAAGUA